AUGAAACAACCUGGCAACCCCCACCCUGUCCUGGAACACUGGAUGAAACAACCUGGCAACCCCCACCCUGUCCUGGAACACUGGAUGAAACAACCGAGGAACCCCCACCCUGUCCUGGAACACUGGAUGAAACAACCUGGCAACCCCCACCCUGUCCUGGAACACUGGAGGAAACAACCUGGGAACCCCCACCCUGUCCUGGAACACUGGAUGAAACAACCUGGGAACCCCCACCCUGUCCUGGAACACUGGAUGAAACAACCUGGCAACCCCCACCCUGUCCUGGAACACUGGAUGAAACAACCUGGGAACCCCCACCCUGUCCUGGAACACUGGAUGAAACAACCUGGGAACCCCCACCCUGUCCUGGAACACUGGAUGAAACAACCUGGCAACCCCCACCCUGUCCUGGAACACUGGAUGAAACAACCUGGGAACCCCCACCCUGUCCUGGAACACUGGAUGAAACAACCUGGGAACCCCCACCCUGUCCUGGAACACUGGAUGAAACAACCUGGGAACCCCCACCCUGUCCUGGAACACUGGAUGAAACAACCUGGCAACCCCCACCCUGUCCUGGAACACUGGAUGAAACAACCUGGGAACCCCCACCCUGUCCUGGAACACUGGAUGAAACAACCUGGCAACCCCCACCCUGUCCUGGAACACUGGAUGAAACAACCUGGGAACCCCCACCCUGUCCUGGAACACUGGAGGAAACAACCUGGCAACCCCCACCCUGUCCUGGAACACUGGAUGAAACAACCUGGCAACCCCCACCCUGUCCUGGAACACUGGAUGAAACAACCUGGGAACCCCCACCCUGUCCUGGAACACUGGAUGAAACAACCUGGCAACCCCCACCCUGUCCUGGAACACUGGAUGAAACAACCUGGCAACCCCCACCCUGUCCUGGAACACUGGAUGUGA